GGAACUGGGAACGAACCUUCAUACAAGAUCUCAAAGAUUCCUGAAACUGCAUAAAUUUCUUUACCCUCCGUGCAAGACUGAGAAAUUAAUCAUUCUAUCUCUUCCACUUGUUUGAGAAAAAAAUUCAUCCAAUAUACAUGUUCUUCCUCUAAAAGAGAGAGACACAGAGAGAACACCCCUGAACAGAGCAAAAUUGAUUGAUUAAUGUGCAUAUUCUCUCAUGCGCCUCAAUCAGAAGUUUAGAGAUAGAGCAAUGACUAUGGCAAUCGCAACACCCGUUUUCAUAUUUGCGAGCAUUUUUGUUGCAUGGGCUUUAGCGAGUCGUGCUAGGAAGAAAAAAACUAAGAUUCAACGUUUUCCUACGAGGUCUACGUCCAUCGGAGCUCUCCACGGAGGAAAACUCGCCUUGCACAGAUUGGCUGAUUAUCAUGAAGCGCAAGAGAAUGCAGCAGCACUGCACACAGCUGAGACAGAGUUAAAGAAUCUACUUGAGCAGGAGCAGCCUGACUUUGAGCAGCUCCAGCGAACGGUGGCAAAGCUGGAAAUGAGCGGGAAAGAAGAUGAUGCCGUGGAAAUGUUAGAAAAAGCAGUGAAGGCACAUGAGGUGAAGAAACAAGAAGCCUAUGAGAUCGAAAUGUUGCUCGUGGAGAUGCUCAUCUACAAGGGAGAUUUUGAAAAGGCUUCUAACUGCGAGUGCUUGAAACAUGAAGAAAUUUCUGAUGCUCGACGUCCACUCUAUAAGGGUAUCAUUCACCUCAUGUUAGGUCACCCCAAGGAACAAGCCAAAACAUGUUGGAAAGAUUUUAAGAAUUUUCAAGAACACUUUCAAUGGCCACCUAAUUUGAAAGAUAGCCAAGUCGACAACGACAUUACCAAUUUCAAGAAGUUUGAGAACGUAGUGAAGUUACUCAAAGAUGAUAUCCACAAGGCGCAUGCAAAGAAAACACAAAAGUAAGAAAGAUAUAUGUUAGGUGUACAACAAUACUGAUGUGUCUAGUAUUUUAAUUUUUUUUUAAAAAAA